AUGAGGUCAAAAAAGCUUCACUCCACACUUCUUCUUGUUACUCUCCUCACUUGUGCGUCCGUGGUGGGGGGCGUACGCGUGCCAUUUCCCCCGAGUUUUUUUGUCACCACCGGGACGACAAUUCCCUUUCUCUUCUCUGCUCCUGUGGCGCAGAGCGGGGCCAUAUAUGUAUCCAACCGGACAAGACAGUUGCGCAUUGAUAACUUUUUCCUUGGAAGCCAAUACUCCUUCAUUGUCGAUGGGGCGCGGCGGCGUGGGUACCUACUGGAGAACUACGCCCCGGGCAGCUACGGCGCGAGUCGCGAGGGAAAAGGCAGUUUUUGUCGCACCUUCAAGAUGACAGGUGAUGUGGCGAGCUUCGGUGUCCCCGACGAGUUUCUGAAGCAUACGGAGCCAAGUCUUGUGCGUGGUGUUGAAGUGCUGCGCUACACGGGGUACGAUCGCGACAGCACGGGUCCACUGCAACAAGUGGACUACUAUGUGCGUAACAUGAGCUUUAAGCUGCCUGGGGAGAGGAAGGGGAGCGUAGAGGAAUUUGUAUUCAGUAUUCCCUGGCGAGUGCAAACGCGGCGGCAGCAGCAGGCGCUUAAGGAGCUUACAGACGCCCCCAUCACUGUGCCGAAUUGGCGCUACUUUGGCGGCCCAUUCUUUGACGAACUGGUCAUGCCAGACGAGCCCUACUACACUCACCUGCAACGCUUGAUGGAGGAUACUGUCGUCACGGUUGACUUUUACAACUUUGUCCCCAUUGCACCGGACCCCUCUGUGUUUAUCGUGCCCUCGGACUGUGAGAAGACAGAUGCAGAGGCUGAAGGCAGCAACGUGGAUAUCUCUCUUGCUCACAGGCUUUUGGUGGAUUUGACUUUUUACUCAAAAGCCGGGAGAGAGGCACUGCAGGACAAGCUACCGUAG